AUGCUGGUAUCAAUUGCGCUCGAUCAUCCUCACGAGCACUAUACAAACCUCGAUGUUAUUCAAGGAAAAGUGUAUCUGCGGGUGCCGAAUCCUACCAAUGUCGGCAGCAUCGUAGUGAAGCUCGAGGGCGAGUCGAAGACGAGACUACUUGCGCCGAUACAUCCCAGUAGACCAGACAAGCAGCGACCGGUGUUGGAAGUACACAAAGUCCUGUACAAGACGCAAGUAUUAUGGCCUACGGCAAUGCAACAGGAUGACCUCCUCACGAACAACAAAACCGGGUUCACCAUGCAAGCUGGCAACUUCGAAUACCCUUUCCAGUUCAAGAUUCCACUGAACACCUCUUGCCAUGCGCAACAAGCGACCGCACCCAUCUCGAAUAUCUCUUUCGCCAACACGAUACCCGAGUUCGCAAAGACUCCGACACAACACAUCAAGUCCGCACUGCCACCGUCCCUUACCGGGUUUCCCGGCGAGGCUGAGAUUCGAUACUUCGUGAAGGUCACAGUGAAUAGACCAUCGCUGUUUAAAGAGAACCCAAGGGCAGUCGCGAGCUUCACACUGUUGCCAAUCGAGCCACCACGGCUGGAAAGGCAAGAUGGCGAGGCAUAUGCAAGGAGACAACACCAGUUCCUGGAGAAUGCGCCUAGCGUAGCAGCAGGAAAGAAGCUAGGUCUCUUCGACAGGAAAAGCUCCUCAAGUGUGCCAACAUCACCUACAUCUUUAGGCUCUCCACCACGCGUCUCGCUCGAUGCUCGGUUGCCGAACCCCGCUAUUUUGACAGCCAACCAAGAUAUGCCUCUGCGGGUGCUGAUGAAGAAUAUGAGCCCGCGGGCGAAGAACGUAUAUCUUCAGAUGCUUCAGAUCGAGUUGAUUGGCUACACGAAAGUGCGGGCGCAUGAAGUUGCUCGGACAGAGUCAAACAGCUGGAUCCUCUGCUCAUUCAGCAACAUGGCUAUCCCGUUGGGAGCGCCCACGGACGCUGUGGAGACAGAAGUACCUAUCAACCCAGAGUACUGGUCGGACAAGCCGAUUCCACCUACAGUUCCACCCACAUUCCAAACCUGCAACUUGUCACGCUUAUAUGAGCUGGAAGUACGCGUAGGUAUCGGCUACGGCUCCUACAAGCAAGGCGAGGACCAGCUAGUUGUCCUACCACUACGAUUGCCGGUUAAGGUCUACUCUGGCAUCGCCCCUCCCAAGGCGUUGCUUGAAUCUGCAUUGACGGGUGAACCAGGCAACACGGCUAACCUCGGUGUACCGCCUCCAGCACAGGGACCGCACACGCCUACAAUGCCAACUCACGCUGGGUUUGGUGGGCCAAGCGCGUCUGCUAACGCAACGCAUCGGCCCCAGAGUGAAUCUUCCGAGGCGCCGCCGCCGACUUAUGAGGAAGCAGUCGGUCAAAACUUGCCCCCGAUUAACGGGUACAGAGGGACAUACCAACCUCCUCCUGUUCCCGAGGGAGCACCUAGGUUCUCGGACGAGAAGAGGCGAUAG